AUGGCUACCGAAGAAGGAGUAUUCAAAAGGGGCGACGUCAACCUCUAUACCAAGGCGUGGACUCCGGCCGGCCCCGUCACCGCGAAGCUCAUCUUCGUGCACGGGUUCAGCGAGCACAUCAACCGCUACAAUGACUUCUUCCCGAAGCUGAGCGAGGCGGGCAUCCAGGUGUUCGGCUUCGACCAGCGCGGCUGGGGGCGGUCGACCACCAAGAAGGCGGAGCGCGGGCUCACCGGGCCGACCUCGGUCGUCAUCGCCGACGUCGCGGCCUUCAUAGAGGACAAGCUGCCGUCCGCAGUGCCCGUCUUCGUCAUGGGCCACUCGAUGGGCGGCGGUGAGGUGCUCACGCUGGCCGCGGACCCCGCUUACGGCUCGCUGGUGCGGCAGGUGCGCGGGUGGCUGCUCGACGCGCCCUUCAUCGGCUUCGCGCCCGAGGACGCGCCCAGCAGCGCCAAGGUCUUCGUCGGGCGGCUCGUCGGCCGCCUGCUCCCGCGGCAGCAGCUCAAGCACGAGAUCCCCGCGGAGCACCUGAGCCGGGACCCGGCGGUGGUGGCCGCGGUGCGCGACGACCCGCUGUGCCACAACACGGGCACGCUCGAGGGCAUGGCGUCGCUGCUGGACCGCACGGGCGCGCUGUCGUCGGGCGCGGUCGCGCUCGGCGCCGACGUCAAGAGCCUCUUCCUGGCGCACGGCACGGCUGACAAGACGUGCAGCUACGACGCGUCGAGCCGCUUCUUUGAGGCGCAGCCGACGCCCGACAAGACGCACAAGCCGUACGAGGGCGCAUACCACCAGAUCCACGCGGAUCUCUGCAAGGACGACUUUGCCAGGGAUAUUAUCGCCUGGAUCGCUGCGCGCUGCGACAAUAGGGAGAGUGUGCCGGCAGAGUCGAAGCUGUGA